UGGGGGUGCUGGGGCGGUCCCGGGGUGGGGAAUGGGGGCCCUUGGGGGGGCCCUAAUUAACAGGGUGCCCCAAAACCCCCGCCCUCGGUCGCCUCCCCCCUCCCUCCGCUCACCCCGUGCGGAUAAAAAGACCCUUUUUUUGGCGUUUUCCCGUCAGGCAGCGGGUGCCAUGAGCCACCGCAGCGGCAGAGGGGCCGGCGGGGACCCCCGCCCGGGGGGGGGCCCGCACCCCCCGGGACCCGGACCCCGACCCGGCCGCGUCAAGCGCCGCAGAACCAGGCGGGAGCGCGACACGGCCAGAUUCGGCCGGAGGGUCCCCGGCGAGGGGCGGCGGGCGGCCGGACCCCCGCCACGCCGCCCGCCGCCCCCGUGGGGGGGUCGCCCCCUCGCCAGCCCGCUCCCAGCCCCCAGACCCGUCGUGAUCACCGAAAGCCGCCUGUGCCAGCACCGGGGCUUGUUCAACCGGGAGGUGAAGUCGGUGGACGUCGAGCGGCUGCUGAGCCCGCGGCGGGACGCGGCCCCCCGCGGCGAGACCCCCGCCGCAGCGCCCCAAAACCGCGCGGAGGAGGGGGUCCCCGUGGCGCCGUCCCCCCGCGAGCUGGCCGGGGGGCUCUGCGCCCUCCUGGGGGGCACCCGCGCUUUCCGGGGGCGCGAUCUGGCGGGCGAGCGUCGCCGCGCCGUCCUGGCCGCCCUCCUGCGCUGGCACCGGGCGCUGCCCGAGCUCUCCCCCCUCCUGGCGCACCGCAGUCGGGGGGCUGACGCCGCCCCCCCAGGUACACGGCGCCGCGGGGAGGGGGCUGCGCCCCCCUGGCCGCGCCUCACCCCCUCUCGCCCCUCGCAGGUCGCUGGAGCCCCCGGACCCCCGAGCGGGAGCGGAGCGGCAGCGCCGAGCGGGGCGAUUUCGGGGAGCCGAGACGGAGCUGGGAGGCGACGGAGACGAGAGGGAGGUGAGUCCGAAGGCGGGGUGACGGCCCCAGGGACCCCCGGGGGGUUUAUUGACCCGCCGCCGCCUCCCCAGACCCCCUUCUCCUGGACCUCGGGCGAGGAGGAGGAGGAGGAGGACGACGACGACCCUCAUCCCGGCAGCCCAACCACGCUCUUCCAACCCCGGGGAGAGGGGCGGCCGUCCUGGGGGGAUCCCCGCCGGCACGGGGGGUCCGUGGCCCCCGGCGGACCCCCGCCCGGCUCCCCCCCCGGCUGCACCUGCGGGGGUGCCCCCUUCGCGCCGUGCGGGUUCGGGGAGGACGCCGGCGAGGGCUGCAGCUGGAGCCGCCGGCCGCCCAUCGCCCCGCCGGCCUUCGGCCCGGUGCCGCCGCGGCGCCGCCGGCCGCCCCGCCGCUCCCUCGCGGCCCUCUUCCCCCCCCGGAGCCCGGCCGCGUGCCGCGGGGCCAGCCCGGACCCCCGGACCCCCGACGCGUGGAGUCCCGAGCCUUCGCGCCGGCUGGGCUUCGCGUCGGGCCGGCCGCGUGCCGAGCGCCGAGCGUCGCGCUGCCGCCGCCACCGGCACGGCUCCCACCGCCCCGGGCGGCCGCCGGCGCCCCCGACCCCCGGCCCGUGCCGCUGGCAGCCGCCGCUGGCGCGCGGGGCCCCCCCGGGGAGCCGCCGGCGGCGGGGCUGGGACGCGCCGGAGUCGGGGUGCCGGGGGGAGCCGGGCUGGCUGCGGGCGCUGCGGUGCCUGCCCCUCUCCUGCUUCCCCCCCUCGGGGGCGCCGGGGCAGGACGCGUCCCCCCUGCCCGGCCCCGCGCCCUGGGGGUGCCCCUGCGCGGGGCUGUGCUGAGGCGGCGCGCCCCCCACCCUUCCCGGGGCGCCCCCCACCCUUCCCGGCA